AUGGAGAAGAUAGAUUCUUUGGAGAUGCAGGGGAAUGAGGUCGAGUAUUUGAGGAGAGAGGGGAGGGAGCUAGACGUAAAGUUGGAAGAGUUGACUCUUAGAGAGCAGAUUUUUUGGGCACAAAAAGUAAAUGUAAGGUGGUUAAAGAAGGGGGAUGUUAGUUCAAAAUUCUUUCAUAGGGCUGCGGAUGGAAAAAGAAAGAAAAAGUUCAUUAAGAGGUUGGAAGUAAGGCCAGGGGUAGUGGUGGACUCAGAGGAGCAAAUAGUCCAAGGGAUUUCUGAUUUUUACUCAAAAUUGUUUUCGAAGGAUGAGAUAGUCAGGCUUGGGAUAGAAGGGAUUGAGUGGAGGCCUAUUGAUCAGGAAAGUGCCAUCUGGUUAGAGAGGUCUUUUGAGGAGUUAGAGAUUAAGGAUGCAGUUUUUGAGUGUGAAAGGGAUAAGGCUCCAGGCCUCGACGGGUUUUCAAUGAGGGAUGAAGCCAUUCGAAUUGGGGAUUUUAGACCAAUUAGUUUGGUGACAUCACUCUAUAAGAUUUUAGGGAAGGUUUUGUCAAAAAGGUUGAGGGCUUCUUUAGGGGAUACAAUCUCUUCGACUCAAGGUGCUUUUAUGCAAGGAAAGGGUAUGAUGAGAGAUGGAGGGAUUAAGGGAUGUUUGGCGUCUUGUAAUAUGUCGGUGAUAGUCAAUAGUAAACCAGGGCAGACUUUUAAGGCAUCUCGAGGGUUGAGACAAGGCGAUCCUUUAUCUCAUUUUCUCUUUAUCAUGGUAGCGAACGUGUUAGGCAUGAUGGUGGAGAGGGCUAAAGAGGUUGGUCUGUUUGAAGGCUUACAGGUCGGUAGAGAUAAGAUUAGUGUGACACAUUUGCAAUUUGCGGAUGACACUAUUUUUUUCUUUAAAGGGGACGAGAGCCAAAUUGUGAAUCUCUGUUCGGUGGUUAGGCUUUUUGGGGUGCUCUUUGGUCUCAAGGUAAAUUUAGAGAACAGUAGGGUUGCGGGUAUUAAUGUUGAUUCAAAGAGUGGCUGA